UGGCAUUUCAAAUCAAGUUUUUUAAUAAAUAAAUUAAUAGUUGCUCCUUCUCGUCCCUCUGAAUUGCACGGGAUUUAACGAGACUUUGAGAUAACAGGAGGCAGGGUUUGGAAUAUGAUGGACAGAUUUUUUAUAUGGGCGAUGGAAUAAUCAUGUCAAUGGGACGCCCAAUUCAACUCCUUUAUCACAGUAGCAGCAGACGCAUCAGCUGCAAACGCUUCCAAAUUUGCAAGAAAAAUUCUCUAGGGUUUCAAUAUUCGUCUAGGUUUUCAAAACGCCCCACAAUUUGGUUCCAAAGCGGCUUUUUGGUCUCUCGGAUCGAUCUUCAUCUUUCUGGGAUCUGUUGCAUUGGUUUGAGGUGAAUUCCGAUAAGAUUUUGUAGAUUCAAAGCUAUGCAGAACCCAAGCGGCGGCGUUCCACAGCCGGAAGCAAUUUUGGAAUGGCUACAGCAGGAAAUGGGUUACCGGCCUCAGGGGCAAUAUUUAUCUUCUAACAAUCCUCUUCCUUCUCCUGAAGAUCUCAAAAAAAUCUGUAGAGGAAAUAUGUUGCCCGUUUGGAAUUUUCUCUUACAAAGAGUAAAAUCGGAGAAAACUGUGGAGAAAAUUAAGAGAAAUGUUCUGGUCCAUGGAAGGCCUAGCGUCGGUGCCGGCCUGCAGGAGACGUCAAGGAAUAAUGUACGUGUUAAGGAAGAAGAGGUUAAAAGCAAAGGCAGGAGGAGAUUUGAUGGGAAAAAUAAAGGCAAAACUGCGGAGAUUCCGAAGAGUAAGGAGGUUUUAGAACGGGGGCAGGCUUCCGAAGCCUAUGAAAUCCGAGAGAAGGCUCUGAGAGAACGUGAUGCGGCUGAAAAGGAGGUGGAGAGACUGAGGCAAAUCCUUCAGAGACAACGGAAGGAAUUGAAGGGACGGAUGCUAGAAACUUCCAGGGAGGAAUCCCAGCGGAAGAGAAUGCUCGACGACAAGUCAAAUUACAGGCAUAAGCAGGUGAUGCUUGAAGCCUACGAUCAACGAUGCGAAGAUACAACCAAGAUUUUUGCAGAAUACCAGCGCCGUCUUCAUCGAUAUGUUGAUCAGGCAAGGGAUGCACAAAAGAUGAGAGUUGGAGGUGCGCAAGAUGUGACUCCUGACAUCUUGCGUGCUCGUAAUGAGCAGGACACAGUUUAUGCUACAGUCAAGGGCAACAAACCCACAGAUGGUCUCAUUCUCAUAGAAACAGCACAGGAAAGGAGCAUUAGAAAAGCAUGUGAGUCUCUUGCAGCUCAUCUUACUGAAAGAAUACGAAACACAUUUCCAGCUUAUGAUGGGUUAGGUGUUCAAGGACUUAAAUAUUUAGAAGCUUCAAAGUUGGGUAUCGACAUUGAUGGAGAAAUACCAGAUGAUAUAAAGGACAUUGCUUUAAAUUCCUUGAGGAGUCCUCCACAAUUACUUCGUGCGAUUACAUCAUACACAGCUCGAGUUGUCAAUCUGAUAAACCGAGAGACAGAGAAAAUUGAUGUUAGAGCAGAUGCUGAGCGAUUAAGGUAUAAAUAUGAGAAUAAUAGAGUAAUGGAUGCUACAUCUCCUGAUGGGAGCUCAUAUUCUCAAAGUAGAAGCAAUGGAACGUAUAAUCAACUUCGUGAGAGACAGAAAGCCCAUGUGCAGCAGUUCAUGGAAACUGAAGAUGCAUUGAAUAAAGCUGCAGAGGCAAGAAAGGUUAGUGAGAAGCUGAUAAAGCGAAUGCAUGGCAGUGACAAUGGAGAUGCAGGUUAUUCAUAUGCUGUUGGAGACAACAUUCAAAGCUCGGGAGGCCUGAGACAAUUUGAGCUGGACGUUUUGUCAAAGGAAAGAGAACUAGUAGGGUUAAGAGCAAGUGUAAAUACAUUGACAUCAGAAGUUCUACGGCUGAAGAAAAUGUGUGCAGAGUGGAGAGAAGCUGAAGAAGCAUUGCGACGGAAAUGGAAAAAGAUUGAACAAUUUGAUGGGCGCAGGACAGAAUUGGAAUCAAUUUAUACAGCUCUUGUCCGAUCGAAUCUGGCUGCUGCAGCAUCUUGGGAGCAGCACCCUCUGGCUGCUCGUGAAUAUUCAGCAAACACAAUUAUCCCUGCAUGUUCAACAGUUCAAAACAAAACAACAGAGGCUCACGAUCUCAUAGAAAAAGAAGUAGUUGCUUUUCACAGAAGCCCAGAAAACCGUCUUUAUAUGUUACCGGCCACUCCACAGGCUCUUCUGGAUUCCAUGGGUGUAAGUGGGUCAACAGGUCCUGAAGCAGUUGCUGCUGCAGAGAAGAAUGCAGAAUUAUUGACUGCAAGAGCUGGUGCAAGAGAUCCUUCAGCAAUUCCAUCAAUUUGCCGCAUAUCUGCAGCACUACAGUAUCAUGCAGCAGGAGUUGAGGGUUCGGAUGCUGGCUUGGGAUCAGUGUUGGAAUCAUUGGAGUUUUGCUUGAAGCUCCGUGGGUCAGAGGCAAGUAUUUUGGAGGACCUUUCAAAGGCAAUCAAUCAAGUGCAUAUGCUUAAGGACUUAGUUGGCAGUGGUCGUGCAUUAUUGAGCAAUGCUUACAGCUCAAGACCAGAAUAUGAAAGGACUACAUCAUAUUGUCUUUCUGUGGCUGCGGAACAUGAAAAAAUAGCCAUGGAAAAAUGGUUGCCUGAGCUCAAGGCUGCAGUUCAUGAAGCUCAAAAGUGUCUACAAGAAUGCAAGAGGGUCAGAGGUUUGGUUGAUGAAUGGUGGGAACAACCAGCAGCAACAGCAGUUGAUUGGGUUACUGUUGAUGGUCAAAAUGUUGCUGCUUGGAUUGCACAUGUGAAGCAGCUUCAGAUGGCAUUUUAUUGAUAAGCAGAUCCUGGACAUAUUUGGAUGAAGUGCUCAAAUUUGAUUAUGCUGCGUUGGGGAAAAUGGUGAGAAGUUGCCAUGCAAAGCCUGGUGCAAAGAAGUUACCUCCUGAUAACUACUGGAACACUGCCCAUGACAUACAGUCAGUACAUUCCGGAGGUUCGUUUCCAUACAGCUGCUGUAGAGAAAGAUCAAAACUAAUAACUUGACCUCACAAUCAUUCAUGCAAGAUUUGCUGUAAGCAGAAUAUGGGCAUUGUAGUGGUUGCUUCCUUUCGAGGUUCACUGUAUAAUACAAGAGCCAGGCGCAGCUCAAUUGACACCUUAAUUGAUAUUCACUUCACAGGUGUGUCAUGCCUUCUUCAAGGAAUGCAGUUUCCUGUGUGCAAUGUAUUUGUAAUGUUAAAUUUAGUGCGAGUGCUACUCAACUGCGAUUUUGGAACCUUGCCCAGGACUAUGUUCAAAUUGGACAUAUGUGAGACGUCACCUUAAUGCACAUUUAGUAUCAGCUCUUUGCAAGGUUUCAACCUGGGACAUUGCUUUAUAAGAAAUGGCUUCACCGAAGGGUCUAUUGUUGUAAUAUAUUUUCUAUCAUUCUAUGUGAUCAGACUUUCACGUAUAACUGUGGUGAGGCAUAAUGCCCGGGAGUGAUUUUCUCUAGUCUGUCACAAAAAGCAAGGGUUCCAUGAACCAAAGAUUGAGCCUAAACCCACUAGUUGAGGUAUUGGAAUGAUUAAAAAGGGAACACAGGCUACAACAGCAAUUGAUCUGAUAUUCGUGCAUGGUGGAAAUUUCAUGACAACCUUCUUGAAUGUUACAAUUUGUAAUAGAAUGAUUCCCAUUUGGGAAUAUUGUAAAUUGGUGCUUGCAGCAUUUUGUUCUAUGUUUGAAUCUCCUGGCAUGUCAUAUGUAAUGCGAUGGAUAUUCAAUCUUAUAUUUGAAGGUCAAGUUGUAAUGCUAUAAACAGUAAUUCUAAAAAUUAUUCAAUUGAAUACAAAGGUGGUUUUUUUUUCUUGUUUGAGGAAA